CAUAGUUAAUAGUGAGGAAUGGUUAUGAAACCUGACAAAUUUCUUUGUUGCAUGUCUUUGAUCUCUUUUUUGGCCUAGACGGAGCACAAAACACAGUAGCUGUUUACUCCGUACUGAGGAAGUAACCAAUAAAAACGUUUUGGUUACGUAAUUCAUGCAUUUUGUAUGAACGAAAACAAAAGAUUGUGCACGGUCGGGGAGCUUGCAACAUAAAUCUUGAUAUCAUUGUUUACCCUUUUGAUGUUUGUCCAGGCUUCAUAACCAUUUUCCUCAUGUCCCAAUGUAUGGGCUCUUUAAUCAACAUUACUGUGAAAGUAAUUAGUGUCAAAAUAAUUUGCCAAAUAAUGUGUUACUAUAGUGCCUUAUGCUUUUAUUUCAUAUUACAGAUGUUAGUCCUCCGACAUUCGUUGUCACCUGUCCAGCAAGUCCGUUGCAGGUGUAUGCAGAACGUGGCCUGUUUUCAGCCCAAGUGAGCUGGAGCGAGCCCGUUGCCACUGACAAUUCAGGAGUCCCACCUACCGUGACGUCGAAUCACCAACCACCUCAAAGAUUCAGCCAGGGAACUCACGUGGUCAUGUACACUGCAGAGGACCAAUCAGCAAACAAGGCUUCUUGUAGCUUUACGAUUGAAGUGAUGGUUAUCAAUUGUACAUCGCUGAUAAAUCCAGGAGGUCCCCUGCUAAUGAGCAGCUGCGGCAUUCACUUUGGAGCAAAAUGUAACUUUUCUUGUACGAUUGGUUAUCGUUUGAAUGGCUCAUCCACGGUCACAUGUGUUGCCCCUGGUAACGGACCUCCGGGAUCAUGGGACAGUCCUUUACCUAGUUGUCAAGGUAGGUAAUACAUAAGGUAUGUUUAACUGAUUGAUUGAUCUGAAUGAUUGAUUGAUUGA